CAGGAGAAAUAUUAGUAUCAAAGAAUGACAGCUGCUUCACCAAGUGGAUGCAUUGUUCGGGAAGUCAUUAUUUACAGCUGCCAGCCUUAUUGAACUCUUCUUGCAUUUCAUCCCCAUUUCCUUUUAGAAGCGGAAAAACAACUUAGGUUUGAUGUUUUGUGUGCCAUCAACUGAAAUUGGGGCCAUCAUGAAUAUAACCAAGGGUGGACUGGUGCUGUUUUCAGCUAAUUCCAAUUCGUCAUGCAUGGAACUAUCGAAGAGGAUUGCUGAACGCUUGGGAGUUGAGAUGGGGAAGGUUCAGGUUUAUCAAGAACCGAACAGAGAAACGAGAGUGCAGAUUCAGGAGUCUGUGAGAGGAAAGGAUGUAUUUAUCAUCCAAACUGUUUCAAAGGAUGUGAAUACUACGAUCAUGGAACUCCUGAUCAUGGUGUAUGCUUGUAAAACCUCCUGUGCCAAAAGCAUUAUUGGAGUGAUUCCUUACUUCCCGUACAGCAAACAGUGCAAGAUGAGGAAAAGGGGCUCCAUUGUCUCUAAAUUACUGGCUUCCAUGAUGUGCAAAGCUGGACUAACUCAUCUCAUAACCAUGGAUUUACAUCAGAAGGAAAUACAGGGUUUCUUCAAUAUUCCAGUUGAUAACUUGAGAGCAUCUCCUUUUUUACUACAAUACAUCCAAGAAGAGAUACCAGACUACAGGAAUGCUGUAAUUGUGGCCAAAUCACCUGCGUCUGCCAAGAGGGCACAGUCGUUUGCUGAGCGCUUACGGUUGGGAAUUGCUGUGAUUCAUGGGGAAGCUCAAGAUGCCGAGUCUGACAUGGUGGACGGUCGACACUCACCACCUACAGCCAAAAACGUAGCCGCUAUUCAUCCCAGUUUGGAGAUACCCAUGCUGAUUCCCAAGGAAAAACCACCCAUCACAGUUGUUGGAGAUGUGGGAGGAAGAAUAGCUAUCAUCGUGGAUGACAUAAUAGAUGACGUCGACAGCUUUCUUGCUGCAGCCGAGACCCUCAAGGAGAGGGGGGCUUACAAGAUCUUUGUGAUGGCCACUCAUGGCCUCUUAUCUUCAGAUGCUCCCAGGCUGAUAGAGGAGUCUGCGAUUGAUGAAGUGGUUGUUACAAACACAAUUCCCCACGAAAUACAAAAACUCCAGUGCCCUAAAAUCAAGACUGUGGAUAUCAGCAUGAUCCUCUCGGAAGCCAUUCGCAGGAUCCAUAACGGAGAGUCCAUGUCGUACCUGUUCAGAAAUAUAGGACUGGAUGAUUAAUGCUUUUUCAUUCUAAACACACCCCCCCGGGGCCAAACUGGAAGCGAACGGAUAAUGAGCUGUGAAGCAUCGUGCUUACCUUAAUAUUUCUAUUGAGCCACUUUUUGUUUUCUCUUGGUUUAAGUAUCAAGGUAGAACAGUUUUUAAGAGCUGGUUUUUUUUCUUUGCAGGGUUUCUUUUUUUUUGGAGGGUGGGAUGGGGUGGGGAAUAUUUUACAAAAAAACCCUGUUCUAGUUGCUUUUAGGUUAGUUGCACUAUAUACAGGAUGGAAACCCUCCCCCCAGAAAACACUUGAGGCAAGAAUUUGGCUUUUAAAUGAAACAUUCCCAAAGUUGCUUGCUACAAGUGCUUCAAAAGAUAAAAUGAAGUGACUGUAUAAUAUUUGCCCUUUAAAAGGCAAAAAGGUGGUACCGUUGCGCGCGGCUCGGUGGGUUUGUAGGAGUGCUUUCCUCGAAAAGCCUAUGAAAUACGCACCUGUAUUUAUUUUCUGCGACGAAGAAUAAAGACCUGUUUUGUGUGAGCUUUC